GUGUCACUUUAAUUAGGCAGCUUUAUGUACUGUUUAUUUUAAAACAAAGUCAUGAUUUGCUGCUUUAAUAUCAGCUAUUAACUUAAAUCGCAAUAUAAUAGAUCUACAGCUGAUUUAAUCUGUCAUUUAUUUAUAUUCAUAACAUCAUUUACAUUAAAAUCAGCCAAUAUGUAUUCAAUGAAAUACAAAGUGUAUCAUAACAGGGUGAAAGACAGCAUCCGAAUUUGCACAUAACUACCUUAACCAACACAGCCCUUACUAUUUGUAAUAUGAAAAAAAAGCUUUUCUCUGUGGUCUGAAUGUGAAAGUGACUUAAGUCUUUCUCUCACCUCGGCUGGAUGUUGAUUUUUCUUCAAGGUCACAGCAGGAGUCCCGUCACACCUGUACCUGUGUGCUGGAGCGACUGUACACACAGAGCCUUAUCAUGCCAAAUAAAAAGGACACACACACAUAAUACAGCAACACAGAUCAGGAUUUUCUCUUCUCAAUACAUCGGACAUGGCAACUCUAAAGGAAAAGAGAACUUGUGCUCAACGGUGUGAAGAUUUCGGUCACUUUGUGUGGAACUCUGACAACGGGACAUUAUUCGGCAGGACGCUGAUCAAAUGGGUGUACAUCAGUCUGUAUUAUGUGGUGUUCUACAUAGUGAUGUCGGCUCUGUUCUCUCUCGCCAUCUAUGUGCUCAUGUACACGUUGGAUCCGUAUGCGCCUGACUAUCAGGACCGAUUAUCAUCGCCGGGGGUGAUGGUUUGGCCGGACACGUAUGACGACGAGAAGGUCGUGAUCGCUUAUAACACAUCAAACAAGAUGAGCUGGAUGAAGAUGGUCAACAGUAUCCGCACACUUAUUCAUCCCUAUAAUGACACUCUACAGGAGCACCAUAAUCCGCACAACUGCACCGCUGAAAGGUAUUUUCUUCAAAACAGUUUCAACGGACCCAACCACACAAAGUGGGCGUGUGCGUUCUACCAAAGCACGCUGGGUGAUUGCUCAGGAAUUGAUGACCCCACUUUCGGCUACACAACUUCACAACCAUGUGUGAUCAUUAAAAUGAACAGGAUUAUCGGCUUCUUACCAAACAACGGAACCGGAUUGGCUCCACGUCUGAACUGCACCGUCCUGGAAGGUGGUGAGAAUGUGAGUGGUUAUGAAUACCACCCAUAUAAUGGAACAUUCGACCUCUCCUACUUUCCUUACUAUGGUAAACUCGCUCAGCCAAAUUAUGUGAAUCCUCUGGUCGCUGUCAAAUUCAACCUCAUCAAGCAGAAAACGGCAAAGAUCGAGUGUAGGGUGGUGGCAAAAAACAUUGCUUAUGAGAACUACUACGACCCCUUUGAGGGCAAAGUCAUCUUCAAUCUCACGACCAUGAGCUAAUAACCAGACAAACUGAAAUUUCGAGAGCAAAGGCAGACAAAAUGAGAGUUAAAAGAUCACAAAGACUAUCACAAUAGUCUUAACAGUUUCUUUAUAAAUGUCUCCACUGAUCUGAUGGGUUUGAUAUGUUGU